CACAAAUGGAUACUCCUCUGGAUGGGCCAAGUCAGUGUUGGCACAUGGGUAGGGACUGACAGAUGGACAGCUGGAUGCUGAGGCUGGCUGUGCCCCCACCACCCCCUCAAUGCCUUGGCACUGCCAGACCAUGCUCAGUGGCACCCAGAGGUGACCCCAAACCAGUCCUGGGGGACAAAGCACCCUGAAGCCUCACUUGGGUUCUGGGUAAGGGCACUGGGCAUGGGGGCUGUUUUAUGGACCUGCAGCCCCUGUCUUUAACCCAGGCUGAGGCUGGAUCCCUGUGCCCCCAGUCUCCUUCACCCCUUGAGGAAUUGCCACAGGCAGGUUGGCCCUGCCAAAGUCCACUGUCCCUGGGGUGCUGGUGGCCACCCUCUGCCUCAGUUUUCCUUGUGUCCUGGUGGGUGGGCCUCCCUGAGCUAAUCCUGUGAGUGUUUCACUCUUGACAGUACGUAGGCACACACUCCCUGAGGACAUGGUGGAGUCCCACCUGGGAAUGUCUGGGGGCAGCUGGAUCAUGCCCAGGGGAGGGCUGGGGGUGGCCUGGCAUUGCCCACCCCUCUGUGCUGCCCCAUCCACAUGGGAUCUGCCCCAGCCCUGCCAGCAGGGGAUAGGGGGAGCAAGGCAGAGUGGGCACUUCUCCACCCAUCUGUUCUUCCACCUGUGCACCCACCCACCCGUCUGUCUCUGCCUCCAUCCACCUGCCUACCCUGGGGGUGGUCCCCAGUCCUGGGCACAGGGACGCCUGUCCUUUGCCACUGUGUUCCUGGAGGUGGUGGGCACUGGAUGCAGUGGGGUGCCGGUGCCCGAGCCAGGGGAGUGGUACCACCUGCCGGGGUGACAGGAGUCACGUUGCCAUGGUGCUUGGUGCCACUUGUCCUCUUGGGGCCAAUAAAGGCACCUGUUGCCUUGGGUAGAGUGCAGGCACAAUAGCAGCAGGUGACAGAAGAUCACCUCCAGGAGCAGGAUCCAGACGUGCCCCAGCCCUCCGCCCAAAAAUGCCAAAGCUCUUGCAGCCCCUCUCGCUCCUGGUCCUGCUCGUCCUCGCUUCCACCGCCCAGGGACAGGCUGGCACGGGCCCCAAGGUGCUCCAGCCGUGGCUCAUUGGCCUCACGGCCGUCGUCGUCUUCCUCUUCGUCGUCUUUGUGGUGCUGCUCCUUAACCGGCUCUGGAAUCUCAGGAAGAAGAGGAAGGAGAACGACCACGCGGAGACCCUGGGGAGUGACAGGCUGGGGCGCUCCGGCCACGUCAACCGGGCGGCUGUGGACUGGGAUGAGCUGAGCGACGACAAGCAGCAGAGCAAGGCCACGUCCCUCUGAGUCCCCCCGCACCCCUCAGCCCCCUCCGGAGCACCUCUGGCGGGGACCGCACCCUCACCCCGUCCGCGGGCCGGAGAUCCGCGCCGGGUUUCGGCGUCAGCCGCGGCCACCAUGGCACCUCCCGCCCCGCGGCCGGCCCGGCUGUGACCAAGACCCGGCGCGGAUCACCAGCUCGCCGGAGCUGAGCGGGGAGGGCGGCGGCCAGGGGCCGCAGCGGGGUCUCCCCGUGCCCCCCAACCCUGAGCCGGCGGGGAGUCCCGGCCCGGGGGGACGAGGACAGUCCCCUCCCCAGACGUGCCCACUAAAGGUUUCCCCAGCCUACCCCGGUGUCA